AUGACAGCCUCACCUGUGGAGAAGAAGUAUGACUUUGGCGGACCACUGGGUGCAGCAGCCAUAACAUUUGGCCUUCCAGUGCUGCUGCUCUUCUUUGCAUUCGGGUGCAACGAUGUGACUGGCUGUCCGGUGCCGUCACUGCUGUACCCGAAGACAUUUACCUGGGAGCAGUUCAAGCUGGAGAGCGGAUGGCCGGCCGGGGGCGUCUGGGACCUUUUCAGCUGGAUUGUUACCGCUGUCACGUUGGGCUACUAUCUGAUCAGCUUGGUCCUGUGGAAAUUUCUACCUGCGCAGGAGAUCAAGGGAACAAAGCUCGUUCACCAUGGGAAAGCAUUGGAUUACCGCUUCAACGCAUUCUCAUCAAGUAUUGUACAUUUGGCUGUCUGCGCUAUUGGAACAUACUUCCAGGGCGCCAAUUUCUUCGUCUGGACGUAUAUCACAGACAAUUACGUGCAGCUGCUCACGGCCAACAUUGUGAUAGCCUAUGCAAUCUCUGUCUAUGUCUAUCUUAAGAGCUUCAGCGUGGAUACCAAUUAUCCUAACAAGGAGCUGCGUGAGCUGGCUAUCCGUGGAAAUACAGACAAUACCAUCUAUGACUUUUAUAUCGGCCGCGAGUUGAAUCCCCGAGUCACUCUUCCGCUUUUCGGUGAAGUGGAUCUCAAGACCUGGCUAGAGCUGCGUCCAGGCCUUACCGGCUGGGUCUUGCUGGACCUUGCAUUUGUCGCAAAGCAAUACCGCACUUAUGGCCGGUUGUCGGAUAGCAUUGUCUUUACCGCGUUCGUGCAGACGUACUAUGCUCUUGACGGCCAACACAAGGAGUCGGCCAUUUUGACUAUGAUGGACACUACCACGGACGGACUUGGAUUUAUGCUUACGUUUGGCGAUAUUGUCUGGGUUCCGUUCCUGUACUCAACUCAGUGCCGCUAUCUCUCCGUAUAUCCGGUACACCUUGGUUGGGCGGGCGUCGCAAUUGUUAGUUCCGUGUUUGCUCUGGGCUUGUACAUCUUCCGGGCAUCAAACACUCAGAAGAACGUCUUCCGCACACGCCCAGAUGAUCCGAGUGUGGCUGGACUAUCUUAUAUCCAAACAAAGCGUGGAACCAAGCUGUUGACAUCUGGAUGGUGGGGCAUAUCCCGCCAUAUCAACUAUUUUGGCGACUGGUUGCAGGCUUCUCCCUUCAGCUGGCCUACGGGCUUAGCUGGUUACAUGAUCUUGCCAGCCGGGAGUGCUGCUGCUGCUGCUCAGACAUUCACCAUGUUAGAUGGCAGGGAGGUAGUUCAGGGGGAAGCGAAGGGCUGGGGUAUUAUUUUUACGUACUUUUACGUGCUUUACUUUGCCAUCUUGCUGAUGCAUCGCGAACGACGAGACGACGGGGCAUGUUUUAAGAAGUAUGGCGAGGACUGGAACAGGUACAAGGCUAUUGUCAAAUGGAGGAUUCUACCAUGGGUUUAUUAG